CCGCCUGUUGCAGCCAGUCCCACCGGCUGCCUGAAUGCGCGUAGUGAGUGUUCAGCAGUCAGCAGCACUGCUAGAAGCGAACCUAUUCUGCGCUUCACGCAACAUGGAAGAAGAUAAUGGCGUGCCCGAUUGUAGCGAGCUUUUACACUUGAAGAGUACAGCAGAAACAGAACCUGACCCUUUCACCACAUUUUCUGUAAAAACACUGUUUGGAUUUACAACAAAGUUUGAAUCUACAGGUUCCAAAGAAGAAACAGUGCUUAAAGCAUUUCAGCCUUUGCAGAGCAAUAUAAACACUCAUGCUAACACCUGGCAUGAGAGGAAUGAUAAUGGUUGUAAUGGCGACUCAGAAAAUCAGCAGAGCAUGAAUAGUACCAGUGGCCGAGAUGACCCAAUGUCCAGCAGGCAAGCAGGCCUGGAGCUGGAGUUAGCUGACCAAAACGAAUUACUUCUUCAGCAUUUAAGGUUUGUACAGACUUCUUUGUCUGAAUCGGACAAUGAUGACAAGGAUGCUAUUCUCGUACAAGGUACUUUGGUUCAUACAACAAGUGACACAGAAUCGGACACAGAGAGUAAAGACCUAAACACCGAUGAAAACAAUACAAGCAAAUAUGGACGAAAUAAUGCUGCUUUGUCUGCUGAGGCUUUGGACAGUAGCAGUCAAAAUAAGGAAGAUUCAGAAUCAGAAGAGCACAGCAACAGUGAUGACGCUGUGGAUGCAGAUGGCAUUGAGUUAUAUCCACAAUUUUCUAAGCAGCUCCCGAACGAGCUGGAUAGUAUUUUAGAGCAUGACUCCAAUGGAAAAGACAAAAUGUUAAUGGAUGAGCAAUUCAGUUGCUUGCUUGCUACAGGGGAAUGCCCUCAAGAACUUUCAGAUGAAGAACAAAGACCUUCAGUUGAUAAUAUAUCACUCCAAAAACCAGCACUGGCUGAAAAGACUUUCCAGCUGCCUGCCUUCUUUAGUGGACUACGUGUGAGGAAAAAGGGACUAACCACGGAAGAUGUGGAAACUGUUACAGAAAUUAAACCGAGGGAGAAUGAUUUAGCUCUGCUUAAGUUACGACAGCCUGUUAAGAAAUCCAGUAUUGCAUCAGGUUUGACCAUUAAAAAAAAAACAUCUGAACCUAAAGCAAAUCCGACUUUCCUGGAACAGCUCUCGCACUUGUUAAACAUAGAUGUCUCCAAGAAUGAAGGUAGAACUGAGGACUCUGGUGAGGCAUCUGGGGAGACCGAGGACAGCGAUGAAGCUCAAGAGAACAAAGCCUCCAGCAAAAGAGAACCACGAUUUCCCUCUGAGGAGAUAAAAUCAAGCCCUGCUGAAUCUGCACUGGACGUCUUUAAAGCUUUAUUCACGCGGCCUCCCAAGAAAGAAACAACUGCAGAUACUUCAGAGCUGGAAGCCAUAAAACGCAAAAUGAGAAAUGAAAAAGAGUCCUUGAAAGCUGUAUUUGAAAGGUCAAAAUCAAAACCUGGGGAUGGACCAUCAGACAAAUCUCCUGACCUGAGUCCCUCAGAGCAAGAUGACAAGACUCCAGGGAGACUCCAGACUGUCUGGCCACCGCCAAAAGCAAAGCACGAAGAAGUAAAAGUAGGAUUAAAGUACACAGAAGCAGCUCACCUAAACGUUUACAAGGAGGGACCACCAGAGUACCAAGCUGCCAUUUUACAUUUAAAGAGGGAACACAAAGAAGAAAUUGAAACAUUAAAGUCUCAGUUUGAACUCAGGGUAUUCCAUAUUCGUGGAGAACAUGCUGUAUCAACUGCUCAGCUUGAGGAAACCAUUGCACAUCUGAAAAAUGAACUUGAUAAUAAAUUAAACAGAAGAAAUGAAAAAACAAAGGAUAUUGGUGUUUCUACUGAAGAUGAUAAACCACCAAAGGCAUACCGAAAUGUAUGUAUACAGACUGACAGAGAAACUUUCAUAAAGCCUAGUGAAGAAGAUAACAGAGCUGUGAAAAAUAACCAAAUAGUACCCAAAAAGCUUAAUAUUUCUUCUUUGUCACAUAGUAUUUCUACCCAAAGUGAAAAUAAGGACAAUUACAAUGUACAGUCUUCAGAAAGUGUCUUAUCUUGUCAACCAAAACAAAUGCUGCCUCCUCCACCACCACCACCUCCUCCUCCUCCACCACCCCUUCCUGAAUCUUCACUGUCGGGUUUAGUUCCUCCACCACCACCUUUGCCAAUGGGUUCAACUUCACUGACAUCUCAGUUUGGAUCUAGUGCACCACUGUCACCUCCACUUUCUGAAGGCUGUAGGAAUUUACAAGCACCGCCACCACCGCCACCACCACCACUUCCAGGGCUGGGACCUCCUGUUCCACCUCCACUGCCUGGAUCUGGGUUACCUCCACCUCUUCCACCUCCUGGGCCUGGGUUCUUUUUUAAUAGCACUUUAUGUUCAAACCAAGGUCCUCGAAAACCUGCCAUUGAACCUAGCCGUCCCAUGAAGCCUUUGUACUGGACACGGAUACAAUUGCAAGAUAGCAGGAAAACUGCUGUGCCAACUUUAUGGGAAUCACUAGAAGAACCUGAUAUACUUGAUACUACUGAGUUUGAAUAUUUAUUCUCCAAAGACACCACUCAGGAAAAAAGAAAACCAUUAUCAGAGACUUACGAAAAAAAAACUAAGGCCAAAAAGAUUACCAAACUGUUGGAUGGAAAACGGUCUCAAACCGUAGGAAUUUUAAUAUCGAGUUUGCAUCUGGAGAUGAAGGAUAUUCAACAAGCUAUACUGUGCGUUGAUGACUCUGUAGUAGAUCUAGAAACACUGGAAGCACUAUAUGAAAAUAGAGCACAAAAGGAUGAACUGGAGAAAAUCAAGCAAUAUUAUCAGACUUCAAAAGAGGAGGAACUGAAGCUUCUGGAUAAACCAGAGCAAUUUUUAUACGAGUUAUCUCAGAUCCCCAACUUUGCAGAACGAGCUCAGUGUAUUAUCUUUCAGUCAGUUUUCUCUGAAGGAAUAACAUCAGUGCACCGGAAAGUAGAUAUCAUAACUCGUGCUUCCAAGGCUUUGCUGAACAUGACAAGUGUAAAGGAAAUUUUGGGGUUGAUUCUGGCUUUUGGAAAUUAUAUGAAUGGCGGGAAUAGGACUCGAGGUCAAGCUGAUGGGUUCGGUUUGGAAAUACUCCCCAAACUAAAGGACGUCAAAAGCAGAGAUAGCGGUAUUAAUCUUGUGGAUUAUGUCGUCAUAUAUUUCCUACGCCAUUGUGAUAAGGAAGCAGGAACAGACAAGAGCAUUUUUCCUUUACCAGAACCACAAGAUUUUUUCCAGGCCUCCCAAGUUAAAUUUGAAGACCUAAUAAAAGACUUAAGGAAACUGAAGAGAGAUCUAGAAGCCUCUGAGAAGCAGAUGAAGUUAGUUUGCAGAGAGUCUUCUGAAGAGCAUCUCCAGCCCUUCAAGGGGAAAUUAGAGGAAUUCUUCCAGAAAGCUAAAGAAGAGCGUAAAAAAGAAGAGAGCAAUUUGGAAAAUGCUCAGAAAUGCUUUGAAGAAACAGUGGAAUACUUUGGGAUAAAGCCAAAGCCUGGCGAGAAGGAGAUCACACCAAACUACGUUUUCACAGUGUGGUACGAGUUCUGCAGUGACUUCAAGACCAUUUGGAAACGAGAGAGCAAAAGUAUUUCCAAGGAACGAAUUAAAGUAGCUCAGCAGUCAGUGAGCAAGUUAACUGCAGAGAAGAAAGUUGAAACGAAGAAGAUCAAUCCUACAGCCAGCCUGAAAGAAAGACUGCGUCAGAAGGAAGCCAAUGUGACUGCCAACUGAAAGAAGAAAGAUGAAAAUGAUGGAGUUAUUUCAUAUCUUGCAUGAUGCUUUAUUACACCCAUGGCCCAGAGAGCACCUUAUGUUAAAUACUGAAUUCUGCUUUGCUAAUCUGUUCCCAGACAAUCCACUAAAGACUUUUGAGUUCCUUCAGAGGGGUUUGUAUGUUCAAUGGAGGGAAUUCUAAGAAGGUUUUUAUAUGGGAAGUCGAAACUGUUUUCUGUAACUCUUCCUUACGUUGCUUAAAAUGCAUCUUGUUGUUAACCGUUAUUUAAAAUACACUGUGCAUAAUGCAUUAAUACAGAACAACUAAAAUGAGCACUUUGGAUGCUGAGUUAAGUAAUGACUAACAACAUGUAGGUUAUAUUUACAGGGUUUUGUGUAGAUGAGGGCCAAUAUGCCACUCCAUUUACAAAAGAUGAUUGCAUCAUAGCUUCUGUUACUUCAGCAGUAACUGAGGUAAAAUUGACUGAUUCUAAAUAAUUUUACAGUGUCUAAGUAUUGGAUGCAUAUUUCUAAAACUGAUUAAAUGUAACUAUAGAUUUAUGCUGUAUUUUACUAUAUUUUUAAAGAAACUUCAGCUUAUGCCAUACAUUGAAAUGGAAAUAAUAUUUUGCACAUGGAAAGGAAUAGUUUCAAAUUCUUUAGUUUUAUGAUUGAUGGCAUAACUGAUUCAUUAUUUUUAUGGUUUUAACCUAACAUUUCCUAAAUUUUAAGCUUCAAAAGAAAAAAGGAUAAAUUGUAUAUUUUUAUUUCAGUAUAUAUUUAAAAUAUCAAUUCCACAAAAUGAUGAUCUUAUUAGUCGUUAUUCAUUGACAUAAAAUACAAUAAUAUGUCUCUAUGAAGUUACGCAUUUGCCAUUAAAUCUCUGGCUUUUAAUUCCAUUGAAAGCUUUCUUUUAAACAGUAAAUAUCUCACUCUAAAAUAUAUAAUGCAGCCUGCUCUUCUCCACCUAUGUUUGUAUGAAGAAUGUGUCCAGCAUACAUGUGUGUGUGUGUGUGUGUGUGUGUGUGUGUGUGUGUGUGUGUGUGUGUAUAUAUAACUGAAUAUCCACUUCCUUGAAGAUUUUUUAAGGAUUUUGAUUCUUAGGAGGAGAAAUCUUGAAGCAGAAGUUAAUUUAAGGUAAAAUAGAAAAGUGACUCUGCUUGCUGUCCACAAGAGAGAAACCUUCUUUAUGAUAAUGGUGUAUGAAGUUGGUUACAAAGAGAAGUUAGGUGAAGCAAAAAGGUGCAAAAAGGUAACAGGGGAAAGGUGUUAGUCCUUUGCUUAGAAACUGGAAGGAAUAUUCAUGAAACAGGCAUCAGUUAUCAUACACCAAAUUUAGUAGAGAAACUGUGAUGAAACCUAAGACAAAGUCAUCCCUAGAGGUGAUACUAAGGAAAUAUUAAGGGAAACAGCAGUUGUAGAGACCCCAUCCGCAAAUUAACUUGAGGAUUUCACUGCAGGUUUCUUAAAUAGUAUCUCUCUCAUUCCUGCAUAAAUAAAAAUAAAGGACUUAAGAUUCUCUUGUAUGUUUUUGAGUUUCUAGCUGCUACAGAUAUACUCAAGAUGUGUGAGCAUAAUUCUUAUGAAAGCAGUCAGUAAUAUGCCAGCAAAAAUAAUCUGAUUUGUAGCUUGACUAGUCCCACUGCAGAGAAAAAAAUUCCAAAGUUUUAAGUUUUCUAUCUUCCACUAAAUAGGCAAAGUACAUUUGUUUCCAAUACUAUUAGUGAUAAGCAAGAGGAGCAAUAAUGCUUAUAAAAGCCAAAGAACAAUAGCAAGCAAGGUAAUUCUGCUGAGUAUUUAAGCAAAUGAGUGUUGAUUUUGGUGUAGUUUUUUAUCUGUAAUGAAGAUAGUGUAUAUUGUCAUUUGACUUGAUCGAGAAUUUUUCAAUGAAGUGUUUUACUUGAAAUAUUAUUCAGCAAGGAUAGCACUGUUUAUGAACAACGAUUUGUCUUGAAAAUUCUCAUUAGAAGUGUAUUGUGG